CAAUUACGGAAACAAGAAGAGCAGGACCACGCAGUAACUUUCAAAUAACCAAUUCUUCUCAUCACCUCCAUCUCUAGCAACAAUGGAGAACUACUACUACUCUACUUUGUCGCCAGCUAUGGACAUCGGUGCUGGGGUUUAUCUCCUAUUUAUAACUAUACUCUCCAUCAUGGGCAACCUGCUGGUCCUCGUUUUGGCUUUCAAAAGGUCCUCGCGGAUGAAGCCGCCCGAGCUCCUUAGUGUCAACCUGGCUGUGACGGACCUGGGGGCGGCGGUCACCAUGUACCCGCUAACAGUGGCGUCUGCCUGGAGCCAUCACUGGCUGGGAGGCGACAUCACCUGCGUCUACUACGGCCUGGCGGGUUUCUUCUUCGGGGUGGCCAGCAUCAUGAACCUGAUGCUCUUGGCUAUCGUGCGCUUCAUUGUGUCCCUCAACCUGCAGUCUCCCAAAGAUAAGCUCAGCUGGAGACACGUGAAGCUGCUGUGUUUGUGGUCGUGGUUUUACGCGCUGCUGUGGGCACUGCUGCCCAUUCUGGGCUGGGGCCGCUACGGGCCAGAGCCCUUCGGCCUGUCCUGCACUCUGGCGUGGGGCCGCAUGAGGCACGAGGACUUCUCCUUCGUCAUCGCCAUGUUCUUCUUCAACCUGGCGCUGCCCACCGCCGUCAUCGUGUGCUGCUACUUCGGCAUCACCAUCAAGCUCUAUGUCACCUACAAGAAGUCGCUCAACCACAGCCAGCGCCUAUCCAACACCAUCAAGCUGCACCGCAGGCUGCUAAUGAUCGCCAUCCUGAUCAGUGUGGGCUUCAUCGGCUGCUGGUCGCCGUACGGCCUGGUGAGCCUGUGGUCCAUCUUCCGUGACAGCAGCUCCAUCCCGCCCGAGGUCAGCCUACUGCCGUGCAUGUUCGCCAAGAGCUCCACCGUGUACAACCCCAUGAUCUACUACGUAUUCAGCAAGAGCUUCAAGCAGGAGGUGAAGCAGCUGAUUUGGAGCUGCCCCGCCUUCUCCAACCCGUGCAAGGUCAACAACAGCAUCAACGACAACAGCGUCUACAUGGCCAACAUGGUGGACAAACAAGCCACGGAGGAGGAGGCGACUUACCUGAGAUCCAAUGCGGCAUCGCUGGUUUAAAACUGACAUGAAGGCUAUUUUCCAGACGUGUUGUUGCAUGGAUGGGCCAGUAAAAAAAGUGAAACUAUAAUCAAGGUGUCCAUAAUCAUGAAGACCUCGAACAGGAAGUUUGGAGGAUUAAUUUAUUUUUAUAUCACUGUUUCGGAUGCAGGACCUUUGAGUGUCACCAAGCGGGAUUACCUUGCUGGGGUAGAAAACGAGGUGUCUUGUGGCUAUAUUUUGAAAUAUCCAGCUUGGUUUGAUGAUGGCAAACACUACCGGUACAUUAAAUACAAUUUUUGCAAGCAUCCAAAGCCAACAUGAAGGAUUUCUUUGACGACGACCAACACUGAGGUGCAGACACAACUUCUGACAUGAUUUAUGAAAAUUAGUACUGUAGAACUUUGACUGCAUCACCAGCAGUCCUCCCACUGCACGCUGAUUGAUUUGUGUGGCUGGGUAUAUUCAUGUGUUUUUUCAUUGUUUGGGUUGACACAUAAGUCUAUUUUGUAAUUAUGUACUGUAGAAUGUAGAAUACCAUACUGUAUUAUGACAACUAGAGGACAGGGUCUACAAAGCUUCAGACGUGGUCUAAUUUAUCACAACUCUUAGUUCUUUUACUAACUGGUCAAAACAGCGACAACUUGUGUGUCACUUAAACAAAUGCAUUAUUCUCUAGUACUAAUAGUGCGUUCCAUUUGUACUCAGAAGUCGGAAUUUCCAAGUUCCUAGUCAAAAAUUUCAAUUGGAAAGACCCACAAGGUCGAAUUUUUUACCCAGAAAGUCGGAGAACUCCUCACCACACCCAAGUUCCUUCAAGAUUCAUAAGAUGGUUGCUCUGAGUGGGAACAAUAAUAGAAGCUUCUGUAAGUGCCUAUAAGCACUUCUGACAAUUUUUUGUCGCACUAAAUCAGGCAAAUGGUAGUUACUAAACUACCUAAUCUUCCAACAUGGAGAAGAGUCUCCAUGAGCACAACUCGCUGCUCUCCCAGGGUCCUAGUGCUAGCCCUGUAUGUUGCAACGUAAGGCAUGACGGGCACAUUUAGGAACAUUUAGCAAAAUAUAACAAGCGGUAAAAAAUGGAUGGAUAUGAAUAAAAUAUAAUAUAUUUCAAUAAUGAGAUGCAUACAUCCUAGCAUCAAUCGAUUUGUAUAGAUUUAUUUUGGUCUGCUGUUUGCAUGUUUCUGUGAUUGACACAAAGUGCUGGUCUACCUCGUUUUGUGGCCAUACAGAGAAGAACUGUAAAUACUGUAAAAAUUUACAAGAAAGGGUUUUAAAAAAUAUGGGUAUUUUGAAAAAUGGUAAUGCAUUUCAGUCAGGAAGACAACCAAAGAUUAGUUGAUUUGAAAAUAAAAAUGUGUUUAUAGUAUGAUCAAGGUGUGUGAAUGUAAUGUCAUUAUGUGGUUGUCCCGUAAAUAUGGAAUACGAAAUAAAAUGUUUACGUUACACCUGGGUCAGUGUAUAUUUUGCCCGUUGAUGUGGUAACAAAACAGAUUUAAAAAUGUAGUAGAAUUUCUGACCUUUUGACCUAUAUUUCUUGUCUUUUAAGAAUGUCCGCUCAUUUUCAAUACUCUUGUAUUUUGUGCCAUUGAAUGGACCAGUUGUGGGACAAAAGUGAAUAUUAAGUCGUGCCAACCUGUCUAUAGAAUGUGUUGACUGUCUAAAGGAUUCGAGUUGUUAUGGAACAGAUAGGAAAAGCAAAACAAGACAUUGACGCACUUGGUAAGGAAUGAUGACGCACAACAGACAUAUAAAAAAUGGCAGAAGACCGGAACUCGGGGGUGAUUUUGGCUUGUGUGUGUCUUGUGUGCUCUGGAGUACAUUGUGUCUGCUUGCACGGACAACUUAAUUCAAC